AUGAUGGUAAUGCGUCCAUCAACAUUAUAUAAAACACCACCAACGUCACGUGGAACAAGUCCAAAUCGUGGCAAAGUUAGCCCAAAAAAAUCACCAAGUGAUAAUUAUAAUAGAUCACGUGGUAGUUAUAAUUCAAGAUCAAGAACCAGCAGUCCAUCGACAUCAAUUGGAGGAAAAGCACCAUCGUCUCGUGGAAGCGAAUCUGGAAGUAUAGAAAGGUUAGACGACAGUGGAAAUUUAACUCGUAUAAUAACAUCACAUGGAGAACUGGAAGAUAAUAUUAAUGUCGUUGUUCGAGUUCGACCAUUAAAUGAAAAAGAGAAAAAAGGGAAUUAUGAUACUGUGGUAGAAUUUCCUGGUAAUGGACAAUUACUAUGUGAAAACAUACCAGUUGGUCCAAAUACAAAUCAAAAAUCAAAAUUAUUUUCGUAUAAUGUUGUAUUCGAGCCAGGUGCAACACAAGAAGAUGUUUUAGAAUAUUCUGGUAUUAAACGAUUGAUUGAAAUGUCAGUGGAAGGUUUUAGUUGUACAGCAUUUUGUUAUGGUCAAACGGGUAGUGGAAAAACUCAUACGUUAACCGGACCACCUGGUUUGAUUGAACGACAUCGAAAUCAUUACAGCGAAGAUCAUGGACUUGUAUUUCGUUCAUUUAUGUAUUUAUUCAAACUUAUACAAGCUAAAACUGAAUUUCACUUUACAAUGAAAGCUAGUUUUUUAGAAAUUUACAAUGAAAAGGUAAUUGAUCUUUUGAAUCCUGGAUCAGCAAGAAAACCAUUAGCAGUAAGAUGGAGUAAAAAAUUAAGAGGAUUUUUCGUGGAGAAUUUAUUUACAGUCGAUUGUGAAGAAUUUGAUGAUUUAUUAGCUGUUCUAGAAGAAGGAAUGAGAAAUCGAAAAGUUGGUAGUCAUUCUAUGAAUGAACAUUCAAGUCGAAGUCAUACAAUUCUUACAGUACAUAUAAAUUCAGAACAAGCCGCAGAAAAUGGUGUGUUUAUUUCACGACAAGGGAAAAUAAAUUUUGUAGACUUAGCAGGUAGUGAAAUGACGAAGAAAACGCAUAGUGAAGGAAAAACGCUUGAGGAAGCAAAUAACAUCAACAAAAGUUUAAUGGUUCUAGGAUAUUGUAUUUCAUCUCUAAGUGAUUCGAAACGAAAAGGUGGACAUAUACCAUACAGGGAUUCGAAAUUAACGAAACUAUUAGCAGAUAGUUUGGCUGGCAAUGGUGUUACUUUAAUGAUUGCUUGCAUUUCUCCAGCUCGAAGUAAUUUAAGUGAAACCUUAAACACUUUAAGAUAUGCUGCACGUGCAAAAAGAAUCCGUACCAAACCAAUUGUUGUAAUGGAUCCACGUGAAGCUUUAAUUUUAAGUUUAAAAAGAGAAGUUAGAGCAUUACAAACUGAAAAUGAACAUUUACGAACCGUUUUACAUUUACAUGAUGAAAUACCAAUCAAUGGAACAAUUCGACCUGAAGAUAUUACAACAGAACGACGUCAUAUUCCACCUGCACCCAAAGUUGACCCCGAACGUUUAACUGAACUUGAAAGUUCAGAACUAAGCGAAUUAAUUAAAUUAUACAUGAAUGAAAAUGAAGCGUUACGACAAGAAAAUGCUGAAUUAUUUUCAACGCGUGAAAUUAUCAUGCGCGAUCAAGAACUAGUAUGCAGAGAAAAUGAGCGUUUACUAAAAAAAUUAGAGGAUGUGAAUUCCGUGUGUUGUAGAUCUCCAAUAAUUCCUGCUCAACCAACGAUUCCUGCUGAAUUAUUAAGUGAUGAUACUGAUCAUAAUUCUUCCACAAAUGUUUGGACAAAUCCAUUAAAUGGAAAUUCACAAAAACAUCAUUCUGUAAAUACAAGCCCUGCAAUACCCGAAUCAAUACAAAAAGAAUUGGAAAAACGACGUAUUGGAUCAAGUAUGUCAAACAUAUCAAAUACUAUAAAAAGUAAUUUACAUAAACGACAUUUUUCAUGGGAUGAACGAGACAACACUAAAAAUCAGGCUAAACCAAAAAUGGAUGAACAGGGCGCUACCGAUUACACUAAAGGAGUAUUCGAUUGAGAUCACGCUUACAAUCAAAUUAAUUAGUGCGAAGAAAAUAU